AGAAACCCUUGAAUAAGUCUUCAAUUCAAAAUUUAUUUCGUACAAGUUGGUAAUGUAAAUUAUUAGUGUUAAGUGUAAUUUUAUGUCAACACCGGACUGGUACUAUUCGCCAGGCAGAUUCAGCACACGGACACGAAAACACAGCUCCCAAGAUGUGCACCGGAAAUCAGUACUUGGAACUGGUCAGUCUGUUUGCACAGGCAAAACCACAGAAACCUCGAGUUUUGAGGACUUGUCACCAGCACGAACUCCUGCUGCAGCUCAUCUGCCGACGAAAGGAGCAGCUGACCAAGUGCCAACUCGAGGAUCUGAUCUGGAACCUGUCCAACGGACCAAAGAAGAGGACCUCCAAGUCUAGGAGGCGGCAGAGCGGAGGCAUGGAUGGCAAGAUCGAACCAACCGAUGCUGAAGUAGUGUUUGGUUGCAGCGAAAAGUCGCCACCUGGCUCCAUUUCCCACAGAGGCUGGGGAAGAUCGCGCAUCGAGUGGCUCCGCCAACUGGAGGUUCAACAGAAGCAAUAUUACCAGGCCUGGCAGGAAUCUCCUGGGGUCAAUGAUUCAGACAAAGCAAGCAGGACAAAAAGGACAAACAGGACACCCAGCAAAAAGGAUAAGGAAGCCAGUGGACCAAAGGACAAGGAAAGGAGCAAAGCCAGGAGGAAGCUACCCGGCUGUUGGGCCCUUUUGCCAUUCAGCUGCGGCUGGCAUCUCGGCCACGAUUCCAGCUGCCAGGACGUGCCGAACCGCAAGAAGAGUUCGUGAUUUGCCUUUUGGUCC